AUGGCGUCAAGGAACUUCUGGAUGAGGGGAAGUUCCUAUGAGGCGGACUGGAUGCUCAGGCAUGAAUGUGUUGCUGAAUCAGCUUUGACCUCACCUCUCAUGCAAGGCCGCAUUAAUAAUGUCGCACACGUCGCUCUGGAGGAUCUCUGCAAGAUGUACUAUUAUAUGGGUAAAAAUGUGCUGGCUCAAUCUUUUCCUGAUAUCUUUGCGAAUUCUGUACCCAAAGGUGUGGUAGCACUUGCUGCCACGAUCCUGAAUGCAGCACUUAGUGAAUACAAGAUGGGUGUCGGGCGCAUGGAAAAAUUGCACAUAGAUACAUACCAUCCUGUUCACGAAGGCAUCCUGAACUUGAUGGACCAGAUUGAAACAGACCACUACCACAAAUCCAAGUGUCAUGGGUUUAGGUGUCGAUGGGCAAAGGCUGCUAGUGCCAAGACAGAGGCGCUGAAGACUUGUGCCCUUGCCUACUGCUGUAACAAUGGUUGCAGCGCUGGGCUCGGAACUAGCUAUUUUGAUACUGAUGCCAAACAGUAUUUGUCCAACGCACUUCCGACUACCCCAACCCGAGUCCGACAGUCUGAUCCCGACCAGACGCACUUUCCGACAGUCCGGCGCAUGUCCGAUCCUGACCCGACAUUCCCGUGCAUCGGACCAGUCCUCCCUAUGUCUUGUCUAGUUGCAUCUAUCCCCACUAGCUUUCUACACCGCUAUUCGCAAGCGAAACUCGAGCUAUAUGGAUUGUUCUGCACACUUCGCGCAGUCCGAGUUUUUAUUUUUGGUGUCACCAACCUCACGGUUGAGGUCGACACAAAGUAUAUUAAAGGGAUGAUUAAUAACCCCGAUCUCCAGCCUAACACGACGAUCAACCGAUGGAUCACUGGUAUUCUCUUAUUCCGAUUCUCGCUAAUUCAUGUUCCCGCAGCGAAGCACGCAGGUGUUGACGAACUCUCAAGGAGACCCUGUGCACCCGAAGAUCCAGACGAAAGUGAUGACCAUGAGGACUGGCUUGACCGCUCAUACUCGUUCUCUAUGGAAAUUCUCAAUGACCGCACUUAUGCUAUUGCACGGAUAGACUCCGAUAACCCGCACUACCCGUAUACUGUAUCCGUACCAAACCUGCUAACCCGUCCCCCCAUCCUUUCCGCAUUUUUAGGUACCAUUGAAGGUGGUUCUGACGAUAUCCGCAUCAUGCGCUCUGAGAUCGCUAAAGCGCAAGAUGCAAGAAUCUUGAAAAUUCAGAAAUUCCUAGAGAACCGAGAACGACCCUCAGAACUUUCGGACGAAGAAUUCGAGACUUUCAUCGGCGCAUCUCAACAGUAUUUCAUCUUCGACGGAAGAUUAUGGAAGAAACAUACACAGGAGAAGCAUCAGCUUGUUGUCCCCGAAGCGAAGUGGUAUCAGCUACUCAAAGAGGCACAUGAUGACCUCGGGCACAAGGGAGAGCUGUCCCAAGUGCCAGAUCCGACAGACCCGGAAGUUGCACAUCCCGCCAAUAGUUGCGAUACCCAGAGGGAUAUUCCGAAGGGUACACAUCAACAUUAUGAUGAUGCUGAGGGCCAGUGGGAAUCUGUGAAGAUCGUUGCAUCAUUUAUCUUUGAAGAGCUAAUUUGCAGAUGGGGUCCAAUCACCGAAAUCGUCACCGACAACGCCCCAACCAUUAUAUCAGCAAUGGAGGACCUCGUCGCACGAUACUGGCAUCAACCAUGUCCAAAUACAAAUAUCACUGUACAAUUCAGCAAGCUAACGGAAUCAUUGAGCAACAUCACCGAGAUGUCCGGGAGGCCAUCAUGA